AUGGGUUUCGCUGCAAAGCUCGCGCAGGCUAACCAGGCCGGCCAGCAGUCCCAGGGCGGUGGCAUGGGCGCCCCCGCAGGUGGUGCCCCCGGUGCUCCUGGUGCUCCCGGCGCUUACGGCCAGCCUCCCCAGCAGGGCCAGUACGGUGCUCCCCAGCAGCCGAGCCAGUACGGCGCGCCCCAGGGUGGGGCCGGCGCUCCAGGCGCGUACGGCCAGCAGCAGCAGUACGGGCAGCAGGCGGGUCAGUAUGGCCAGCAGGGUGCUUACGGUCAGCCAGGCCAGCAGCAGCCUGGUCAGUACGGCGCCCCUGCGGUCCCCGGUCGCCCUGGUCAGCCCGGCGCCCCCGGCGCUCCUGGUGCCUAUGGUCAGCAGCCUGGCGCUCCUGGUGCUCCUGGUGCCUAUGGUCAGCAGCCUGGCGCUCCUGGUGCUCCUGGCGCGUACGGCCAGCAGCCCGGCCAGCAGCCUGGCGCUCCUGGUGCUCCUGGCGCGUACGGCCAGCAGCCCGGUCAGCAGCAGUAUGGCCAGCAGCAGCAGUACGGCCAGCAGCCCGGCCAGUAUGGCCAGCAGCAGGGCCAGGGCCAGUACGGCCAGCCUCAGCAGCAGUACGGCGGGGCUGGCGCUGGCGCUGGCGCGGCUGUUGGCGGCAGCACUAUCCCGCCCCAGCACAUUGUCCAGGUCCUCAACCAGUGCAUCCAGGAGCAGCACAUCGGCGCGUUCUACCGCAACCCGGCCGACGUGCAGCGUAUCGCAGACCGCAUCGUUCAGACCGGCGCGCUCCAGAAGCUCGCUGCGCAGUGGCGCCUGCCUGCUGAGCUCGCUGUCGACCUCGUCAAGAUUGCGCUCUUCGAUACGGUCAUUCUUGUUGACGACUCGGGCUCGAUGGCCUUCGAGCAGGGCGGCGAGCGUAUCGACGACCUCAAGAUGAUCCUCGGCAAGAUUGCCGGCGCGUGCUCGCUCUUCGAUGAGGACGGCCUCACUGUCCGCUUCCUCAACUCGCAGGUCCGCGGCGACCAUAUUCGCUCCGAGCAGGAGGUCCUCCAGCUCAUCAGCCAGGUCCAGUUCUCCGGCCUCACGCCCCUUGGUACCUCGCUCGACCAGAAGAUCCUCCAGCCCCUCCUUGUCCAGCCUGCACGCUCCCAGCAGCUCCGCAAGCCCCUGCUCGUCAUUGCCAUCACCGACGGCCAGCCCGCUGGCGAGGACCGCGGCAAGCUCGCCCAGGUCAUCACUGGCGCCGCGCACGCCCUCGCUGCGACCCCUUACGGCGCCGAUGCAGUCUCGUACCAGUUCUCGCAGGUCGGCAACGACAAGGGCGCUCAGAAGUUCCUUUCGGACCUCGACAACGACCCCCAGAUCGGCGGCCUCAUCGACCAGACGAUGGAGUACGAGUACGAGCAGCAGGAGAUGAUGACCAAGACGGGCCAGAACUUGACGCCCGAGAUGUGGCUCAUGAAGCUCCUCCUCGGCCCCAUCGACAGCUCGUACGACUCCAAGGACGAGAAGCGCUAA